CUGAGGCACCCGUACCACAUGCUGCCGACGCACAGGUCAGCAACCGGCGACGCAGCCAGUGUGCUGGGCGGCGCCUGCCUGCCCGCCCAUUCCCGCAAGCUGCAAAAGAGACUGCAAAAGUACAUGCGGCUGCAGCCGUUUGCUACGAGUCGCGCACUGCUGCUUUUCGUUGCGGCUUCAUGACAUGUAUAGUAAUUAUGACCGCCGUGUUCAGUGCGGCGACGCCGUUCUACUCCAUCCACCCCCUGAAUCGCGUGUGCGGUCUUGACUGGCCCGAGCUCCCGGUCCUCAUCAUGCUGGGCAUUGCGCUUGUAGUGAUCUGUCCGAUCCUGCUCGCACAGGUGUGGGGUCUUAACGACGCUUUUGGCAUCAAAUACGACCUGAUCAUGUGCGUGACGCUGGCCGUCUUCGAUAUGGUGCUGGCUAUGGUGUGGGAGGUCAAGCUGAAGCGCAUCCGGCUUAUCUUUUCCGGUCUGUUCUUUGCCUGGCUCAGCGUCAUAUGUGUCCACAUCACCUCGGUGGUGGUCCCGCUUGUCAGGUCGCGCAAACUUGCGCGCCGUCUGCACUCGUCCUGGCCUGAAUCCAGCUUCGAAUCAGCACUGGCCGCCCCCUACUGGCGACCAGCGGCUGCUGGGCUUACGCACGCCAGGGGAUUCAUCGACAUGCUCGAGAACCCGAUCCAGUAUGAGGAGUUCCGGCGAUUCACUGCCCAGUCGUUCUGCUCAGAGCUGACCUCAUUCAUAGAUGACUACCAGCUCAUCAAGGCGUAUACCGUACGCGCCUUUGGUACCACAUCCAAGGCCGACACCAUUCCUGACAAGCCCCAGGCAGUUGAUAUCAGUGAAGACACUGAGGAGGAAGAGGAGUCUGUCCUUGGCCGUCUGUUUGGCAGGCGGAACCACCACAUCUCGGUGAGCCAGCCGAUCAAAAACACGGUGCUGCACACCAGUGUAAUCCACGGCAUCUAUGAUACUGUCGUCGCCCAGUGCCCGCAAAAGCACAUCCGCAAGUCCACAGCAGUUCCCAAACACCGUGGUCAAGCGCGUCAACGCAUUCAUCGGCGUGUACGUUCGUCCCGACGCUGGCAUGGCAGUCAAUCUGCCGGGAGCGCUUGUGGACGAGGUUUUGCGCGCCCAAGAGAGCCGGCAAUAUGAGCGAUUUCGAUGCUUGACCAGGUCAAGAACGAGACCAUCCGGCUGCUCUACACCGAUGUCUAUGUGCGGUACACGGCGAAAGCAGUCGUCUAUCAUGUAGAAACCUCCUUCAUUA